AUGUUUGAAAGCGUGUCAUGUCGGGUGAACGCCGCCGCCGACGAUGGUCGGUUCAUCACGGAGCGGGGUAUCUUCUCCUAUACGCUGGCGGUAUCCACCGUCCGCCGCCACAAAGCCCAAGGAAACAGCCUCCAGUCGGAAGUGCUCUCCCCCUGGACCGUUCGCUAUCCCAGCAUGGUCCGUCCCCGACACGGCUGUGCGGCGCAAGCCAUAGGUAGGAAGAUUUACGUGUUCGGGGGUUGUCACCUGGAGACGGGUCAGGACGUGCGGGUCUGUGAGUGCUUUAACACGGACAGGGGAACCUGGGAAGACGAGUUCCACUUCCGUAAAGGUGAUCUGACCAAUGUUGUGACAGCAAUCUUGGAGGUUCCGCGGAGACACGAUGAGCAGAAAAUAAACUAUAAACUCAAAUGGGUGCUAUGGUGAUGAACCGAACUCUUAGGGCAACACAGGUGUAGAACAAUAGUUAGUACUAAUUAGGGGGGGGGGGGGGUGCAGGUGAUAUGACAACCAAGGGGGCAAAGGAUAACACAACAACUAAGAACAAAACGUGAUAAAAAAGGAACUAAGGAAAAUGAUCAAAUGCAAAAAUAAUUCGGACAAACGGAUAUAAUAAUUAUAAAAUAAUAACAAAAAAACGGAUCAGGAAAGCAACAUCGGGGAUUUGUUUGGUGAUUGAUAAAAAACAUCAUAAACCACAAAUAAAGGAAAUGCAACAUCGGAAGAUAUUUCAGUGAUUGGAGAAAAACAGCAAGAAUAGGAUAAGGAAAUACAUAGCAAAAGCAAUAUAUGUACGACAAAAACAAAGACAUGUAAAUCUAUUGUGAUAGAAACAGUGUAACACUGCCACAGUUGUGAUAAAAAAUUAUCAUUAUGCAAUGAUCGCAAAAUAUGAAAAAAGUGUGAAAGAAACAGAAAAAAACAUGAAAAAGGGCAAAUGAUUGAUGAAUAUUUUCCAAUUGGGGAAGUACAAUGAUAGGAUGGUUUAUUUAUUAAUAACUUCAUACGCAUUACUGUACAAACGUAGUUGCUUUUCAGACGAGAUUGAUGACACAUGGAUAUUUGUCAUUAAAGCAAUUUACAAAGCGAAAUCAUACCACGCAUAUUUUAUAUUACAGAAUGGAUUUCAUAGAGACAUAAUCCAACGAAAAGAAAAUGAGACGAAUUUGAAAUGUGUAUAAUGAUUACGACACUUACCUAACAUGACUGUUUACAAAUGAUCAAUAUUUCAGAAACAUGCGGCACUUUAUUGAGUGUUAAGUCGGGGAAAAUUUAAAUAAAAAAUGUCUUUAAAUACGAUUUAAAUUAUCAUGUAUGUUUUGUAACAAUAUGUGUGUGUUAAGGGUAUCUAUGUCAACUCAUGUUAUCAGGGCUCUAGCAGUUGGUUAUUAUAAACCCUGAAAAGUAUGCAGAUCCUGCCUAAGUAUAAGGGUGUCAGCAGUAAAAUGGGGUCUGACCCCUUUUGAUUGUUUCCAAUAUUAUUUAUAUAAACUUCAAGUGCUAAUUACUGUUUUGAUGUCAACAUCCGAGCCAAAGAUAUUCAGGACUGUACAUAAGACUGAAGUUCAAAGCUCUCAGUUCUGAACUUAAGAAGCCCUGAUUAACGUACAUUACCAAUUGAUGUGAGGAAUGCUCAAAACA